UACACCGUCUACAGUUGCUUCAUCCCCACUUCCCAAUAGUUAAUUCAAAGUUAAUUGACAUGGCGGACCCUACCAAAGCUGAGGCAGAGCAGGUCUUCAGAGUGCUCAGAGCGCAAAAAGGAAACAAAAUGUGCUUCGAUUGUCAAGCUCGGAAUCCGACAUGGGCGAGUGUGACAUAUGGGAUAUACAUCUGUCUAGACUGCUCGAGUGUGCAUCGGAACAUGGGCGUGCACAUCAGCUUCGUGCGGUCGACUAACCUGGAUAGCUGGCAAUUGAACCAGCUACGCACAAUGAAAGUCGGAGGGAAUGCUUCCGCUACGGAGUUCUUCACUCGCUGCGGCAGUGUCGCCCUCCUGAGCGAUGCCGACACAAAGAAGAAAUAUACCAGCCGAACAGCGGAAUUAUACAAAGAAGAACUCGCCCGACGUGUAAAAGAAGAUGCUAACAAGUUCCCGAAUCGGGUGGUUGUCGAGGGCGCGGAGAUUCCUGCAGUCGAGUCAAAUCCCCAAGGCGAAGAUGACUUUUUCUCAUCCUGGGACAAACCUGUCUCACCGAAACCCUCGUCCGGUCCAGUCGCUCAUACGACUGGUCCGGUAAUUGGCAAGCCCGUUGCUGUCUCGCGCACGGUUACGUCCAGUGCCCUCCGGUCCAACAGUGCAUCUGCGGGUAACGGCCCCGCCAAACACGGCAACCCUCGCCUCACCUCAUCAAGUUCUAUCGCUACUUCAUCUACCGUGUCAUCCGCUGUGUCCAAAAAGCCAAAACUUGGUGGGCUCGGCGCCAAAAAGGCAGCAACACCAAUCGACUUUGCCGAGGCUGAACGAAAAGCUGCAGAGGAGGCGGAGCGGAUCAAACGACUCGGCUACGACAGGCAGCGCGAAGAGGAGGAGGAACGUGCUAAACAAGAAGCCGAGAAAGCAGGUCCAGCGGUGAAAGUGAAAGGUGCCGAUGCCAGCACAGCCCCAAGAGUUGUAGCCCUUCCCGGAAAGGUCGACCCACAAGGAGGAAGCAGCCAGGACAUGGAGAGGUUGGGAAUGGGAUUCCGGAAGCUGGGCUUCGGUACUGUUCCUACUUCCCCUACCACAGCGUCCAGCGUACGUUCGACAUCUGUGGAUGAUGCACCUACUACCGCUCGGGAGAAGUUCGGGAGCCAGAAAGCCAUCUCGUCGGAUAUGUACUUUGGGAGAAACGACUACGAUGCUACUGUCCUCGCCGAGUCGAGAACGCGACUACAAAAUUUCCAAGGCGCGACUUCGAUAUCAUCUAAUCAAUACUUUGGACGUGAGGAAGAAGAAGAUUUUGAGCGUACCGGUUCCGAGGGUGGCCUCCUUGGAGAUGGUAACCUUUCUAACUUAGAGAAUAUCGCGAGAGACGCCAUCACCAAGGUUCUGGCUAAUCCGGACUUACAGAAUGUAGGUGAAAGCAUUAGAACAGGAGCAUUGAAGCUCUCCGACUAUCUGGCACAGAUGUCUCAGCAUUAACUCAUAAUGAUACUGCUUCGAUUUACCUUUUAACAAAGACGCUGGUUCCGUAGUCUACCAGUCUACCCUUUUCUCUGUCGAUGAAAUUAGUAUUUCACCAGUAUCAAUUUAGUGACUCGAGGUGAGACCUCUUGAGACGGAUGUUUGAGAGCGG